AUGGGUGCACUUUCUAUUAAAAAAUUCAAUCCAGCUAAAUAUGAUAAUAUUAUUAGAUCGUAUCGAUGUAAAAAAAAUUAUGAAAAAAGUUCCGGUACAAUGAAAUCUGCUGCUAUUCUUAUUAUGUUCAAACGAUCAGUUCCAAAAUAUGGAGUUUACUAUACUAAGUACGUUGGCGAUGGUGAUUCAAAAACCUUUUCAGUGCGUUCAAAAAUCGUACCUUAUCCAGUUCAUAAUAUACUUCGAUUACAAAUGACACUUGCCUUCACCAUUCGAAAAUCCAAGCAUGAUCUGGAUUUAUUAUUUAACGGAUCUUGGGGAAUAUUUUGGCAUAAAUGUUCAACCAAUGAUGAUCCUCAUCAUGAUUAUUGCAGUAUUGAUUGGUGUGGCUAUUUGAAAUUUGUUCGUGAUAAAACUCCAUACGAUCAUACGUUACAUGCUCUAUCUCGUCCUGUACUUGAUGCAAUUAAACCUGUUUUUAAAAAUCUUUGUUCACGGAAAAGUCUUGCUCGUGUGGUGGAUGCUUCAACUCAAAAUCCAAAUGAAGAUUUUCAUUCGUUUGUGUGGCUUAUGCAAGGGGGGAAAAGCGGAUCCCGGGAUCCCCGGAUCCUCCGUAUCCUCUGGAUCCCCUGGAUCCGCACCGUAUCAUUUGGAUCCCCUGGAUCCCACCAGAUUCUCUGGAUCCCCUGGAUUCACACCGGAUCUUCGGGAUCCCCAUUGGAUCCUCUGGAUUCUCUGGAUCCUCACCGGAUCCCGGAUACGUGUUACAUGAAUAUAGGAGGAUACGACAAUAAUACAGAAAACUGACGAUGCCCUUUUUCUCUAUGAUGAAAGGUGGUGGUAUGAAAACUACUGGGCAGAACAAUCAGAAAUUCAGUUUUGUGUUCUGCCAACCAGUCCACAUGUGUCAUAACUACAUCUUUUUUCAAUCAAAAGUUGUUACACCUCUUUGAUUCUGAAAUGUGUCGUGGAAAUGAAAGUUUUAAGAAUUUUGGUGCAAAUUUUUGAAAAAAAAGAUUGUUCUGUGCCCAAAGUAUUUAAAUAUUUCUAACAACACGAUAUGCAAACAUCGCGUAUUUUGUGGUCUUCUAUCGUAGACAUAAUCCAGCGAAAAUACAUCCGGCUGACUGGAGAUGCUGAACGUCUACACCUCUGAUCUUGAUGUAAUAAUCGUAAAUAGUGAUUUGGAAUGAACGAACGAUGAAUGAGUUCACCAGUAUGAUGAGGUGCACGGCAGAAUGAUCAUUUUUCGGUAUUAUGUGAAUAUACAUAUUCCAACAAUAAAUUCUGUUAGAAAGUUGAUAUUUUGACUGUAGCGAAAUUUCAUUGAGCAGUUACUGUGAAAAAAAUUCAGCUCUCUGAAUGGCUCAUAUCGCUGAGUGGACUUUCCACGGAACUAUGAUUUUUACUGAAAUCACGAUUUUGGCAGGGAUCGAUAUCAUCAAAUACCUGAUCAAUAGAAGCCGCAUUGUUGUACUUUGAAGUGCACACUGAACACUACCAAGUUAUGCCAGAGUUAACGUGGGAUCUCCUAGAAUCGGUUUGGGAGACUUAUUGGAAGAUAUUGAGAAAUGACCUAUUUAUCAUGGAAAAUAUACUCCAAUUCAUUUCGAAAUUGAUAGAAAAAAUUCAUCGAGUGAAGUGAAAUCUGCUCAGUUUAAAUCAGCAUAUAGCCAUCUAUGGAUGCUCAUAAAAAGUUUUUCGAAAGCAACAAAAGAGAACUGUUUUUUUGUAAAGUUUUCGUGGAGAAGUACAGAGAUUUUUAAAAAGCUUCACCAGAAGCCCUAAGGAGGGUAUGAAGAUUUUUCAAAAACAACUGCUAUUUUCAAAGGACUUUUCUAUGGAAUUCUAUAGAAAUCCAUGUCAUUAUUUAUGCUGGGUUGAGUAUAUUUUUUAUGAUGAAAAUUUUCUAUCAAUUUCUAAAUGAACUAUACUAUAUUUUCUAUAGAAAAUGGUUCAGUUUUAAGUAUCUUUCAAUAAGAUCUCAUGAGCGAUUGCACAGAAUCCUAAGUCAAUUUUGUGUCGCAUUGUUGCAAUUGCAACAAGAGUGUACUUCAAACUAUAUCGACCGGAGUUUUAUUGAUCAGACAUUUUAGGAUGUCGUAACCUUCCAAAAGCGUUUUUUUUCGUCCAAAUCAUCAUUUAACGGACAGUUUCCUAACUAGUAGAUCUUUUUAUAGCUAGAAUUUUGCUUCUGUCACAUACGUCGAUUGUGAGAUAUGCAUAUCCGCGGAUCUUCGAAAAAUGACAAUUUUAUACUGUAUGUGAUAGUAAUAAUACGCUCAUUGAUAAUUCCCUCAUUUCAAUUCGCUUUUCUGCAAUAAGUACACCAACUUGAGAUGUAUAGAUAUUAAAAAUUUAAAAUUAAGUGGAUACGUUUUUGCUGAGAUAUACCUUCACGCAAAAUCUCAAAAUAUGUGGCUUUUUGGCACUAACAUUGCCAGAAACAUUUAAAUUUCUGAGAACGUAACACAACCUUUUUGGAAUGGUUUAUUUUGUAAAUCCUGAAACUAUUUCCAUUACAUACUUUAAAGUGGGUAAAAUCUCACGGCUUCGAUUGAAAGCAAAUCCAAUCGUGUUUUAUGUAGACUUGCUCAUAUACUAAUUGGCUUCGGCAUCAUAUUGUGCACAGAUUGGGCUAAGGCUCAACAGGUAGAGUGAUUGGGCACUAAAUAAUGAAAAUUUUCAUUCUCCUUACCUUACAUCUAUUAUAUUCAAUAGAGCAAGGUAUUCAAUGUUGAAAUAAGUGGUAAAACAAAGUGCAAACUCUUUGAAAUCGAUAAAAUUUCUUUGUCAACCCUGACUCGCUCCAGUUGCAUCAUAUUUACGGGUGAAAAGCUCACGUUCGUAAGUGCCGCUGAUAUAAACGUGUGUUUUUCUUUUGGACCGUUCAUGGGCUGUCCUAGGGGGCGCCAGUAAUAUAGAAUGGGCUAAAUUUUCGGGACACCCAUAACUCUUCUUGGUGUAUAUAACAAGAUGCCGGUAAAUCAUCACGAGCUGUAUAAAUAUAACGCUGAUCUCCAUUACUCAUAUGGAUCAAUGCAAAGUUGUUGUCGUAUCUCUUUGAGUACUUGGCACUGGUGAUUCUUGUUUCUGAGGAAGAUCUUUUUCUGAGUAGUACUCAUAUUUGUUGAUAGUUUGUACCACAAUGACUCCCAGUAACUCUUUUGUGUCUGCCUCCUUGGUUGUCCUCAUAUUGUUCGGAUGUCUUUCUGUGCAGAUCUCGAACACUCUUUAGUGGCUUUCUGUGUUUAAUUAGAACAUCUCUGCGAGCUUUAUGUCAGCAGGGCACUGAUGAUUUGUUGUGCGCUUACAUCAUUGUAGUCCUGGCCGAUUUUUUCGAUUUAAUGAUUCAUAAAAUAUCUAACUUUCACGUGAUGAGUUCUGAUGUUGACGUUUAUAAGCUGCGAUGAAGUUUCCACGAUCACUAGGAAAAGUAUCGUCUUUCUUAUGAUUAUCUCAGUGAGUAAUGCAAGGCCAUUGCGUUAUAUGGUUGCCAAGAUUCAGAAUAUUUUUUAAGAGUAUCGCGAAUGUUAGCGAAACGUUUACGCUCGAUGCAACACAUCAUGUAGCCCAUGGUUACUUACACACAUUUAAUCUCUAUACCUUGGUUCUCAUAGAGAUCUUCUUAUGAUACCAGGAGUUUCGCAUUGUGUUACCGGAAAGGACUGUCGUUGUUCAUCUGAGUGAUGCUGUAAGUGUGCUCUUCAUAUACAUGUGCACGAAGACACCAAUCAUUAUUUACUGUUAAAGAGGUCAUUCCCUACACUGAAAAAAAAAAGGUGCCACACGAAACCUUGGAGGUUCCGUGGAGUUUUACUGUACUAUAGAAGUAUCCGUAGCAUCACACGAAACCUGUAUGAGGUUUAGCAAUAUCCAAGGUUUUGUAACAAACUUUUAAAAGCUUCGAAACUUAGAAAGGUUUCGUCCUGAACCUUUUGUAAUUUGCGAUACUGAAGAGAUUUCGUUAUAAACCCUUUCCCGUUUCGUAUUCAAAAAGGUUCCGUUAUAUACCUCGUCAUGACAGCGU